CGAGGGGACCACCCAGACGCGGGAGCUCUGCCCGGACGGGAGCAACUGCGCGGUGACGUUGUCAAACCGUGGAGAGUUCGUGCGGCUUUACUGCGACUGGCUGCUGACUGGAAGCGUGGAGAAGCAGUUCGACCCGUUUCGCAAGGGCGUCCGUCGCGUGUGCGACUCGCCGCUCUUCAACGCCCUGGACAGCGCCGAGCUGAAGAUGAUCGUCUGCGGCGAGCAGGACCUCGACUUCGCCCAGCUCCGCCGGAAUGCCCAGUACGACGGGUACUCCGAGGAUCUGCCUUACAUAGAGGCGUUCUGGCAGAUACUCCUGAAGUUCGAUAAGG